GUUCAUUAACCACUGCACCACGACGGGAACUCCAGAGCGUGGUUUUUUAAAGUCAGGCUGAUGUUCCAAUCCCAGUUUGCUCGAUAGUUGGAGCCUCAGGUCGUUUAACUCUGUUUCCCUGUACGUAAAAUGGGACAAUUGAUGUCUGCUUUAUAAGAUGAUUAUGAAACUUAAACGAGGGAAUAUGAGGAUUAAGUAGGAGACUGAGAACCCAGUAAGACACUGGCUCUUAGCAGGAGCUCACUCGUGGUCGCCAUCUGCUAUUUUGAUGUGGCUUUCCAAGUAGCAUUUCCAGCCUGAAGAGAGUAAAGUGACCUUGAGAAUGGGAGCACUGCAGUUCCUGUGAGUUUGAUUCCUUAUUGUAGAUAAAUAAAUGCUCUCUUAGGAGUGCAGUUAGAAUCUGUUGACUGAUUGUGUACCUCUAAAUAUACUGAUAGUUGAGCUUCCGACCCCGGAAAAUGAAGGAGUAGGCCUCAGACCACUGAUACAUACAUAUGUGGCAUUUCUCUUGGUGCCCACCUCAACCUGUGACAUUUGUCACUUCAGACCUGAGUUUUUUCAAGCAAUCCCACAAGUUAUAAUAUAUGACUCUUAGAUUGUAUCGGAAACCAUCUGUGUUGAUUCUGAUAAACUUUUACUGUGAGAUAUAUGCUUAAAUAAGGGUGUGUGAAUGGCUUAGUGGAAUAACAGUUGCAAUCGGUUGUAACAUGUUUUAACUUUGCAGGUGAGGGUAAGAACUAACAAUACUCUUUCUGAUCCUGUAUAGAAUUUAUAACUAUAAUUUGACCUACAGAUUCUGCAAGUCAGUUUUUUGCUCAUCCCUAGAAGUAUUUGAUUUUGGAAGGAACUAAAAAUUCAGUUUCCUGUUCUAUUUCUCAUGUCAGUGCAAAUUCUGAGAGCAGAUUCUGAGAUGACAGAUCUUUUUUUCUUUCCAGUUUAAAUCCUGUAUUUUUCAGGUUCUAUGUCAGGCAAUCUUACUAUGAGAGCUUUGAGGACACAUGAGGAAACAGUAUAAAAUGGUAGUGUAGCAGAAAGACCUGGAAGGGACAGCUGUAAUGCUUAUCUAGCCCCAACUGCUUGCUUGACACAUGGGAAAUGUGAAGCCUGGACCAGCUGAGUGACGGGGGCCCUGUCAGAGCCAGGACAGAACUCAAGUUCCUCAGUUUGCCAGUGGCCUCGUGGCAAGUGAAUCGUUAGGAAGAAAACCUUUCAAAGCCUGGGUUUAUUCUGAAUGCCCCUCUACGGAGUAGGUCAUGAUGCAGGAUUGUCUACGCUGAAAGACCUCUCACAGACAACCACAGAUCCCUGGCUUCCUAUGGCUUAAAAGAUGGUGAUGUUGUGAUUUUACGACAGAAGGAAAAUGCCGACCCUCGACCUUCGGUGCAGUUCCCAAGCAACAGAACAUUGAGGAAAACAUGACAAUAGCUAUGGAAGAGGCUCCAGAAAGUUUUGGCCAAGUAGUGAUGCUUUAUAUUAACUGCAAAGUGAAUGGACAUCCUGUGAAAGCCUUUGUUGACUCAGGUGCCCAGAUGACUAUUAUGAGUCAAGCCUGUGCAGAGAGGUGUAACAUAAUGAGGCUGGUGGAUCGUCGGUGGGCAGGGAUCGCCAAAGGAGUGGGCACCCAGAAGAUCAUUGGAAGGGUUCAUCUAGCUCAGGUUCAGAUUGAAGGAGAUUUCCUGGCGUGUUCCUUCUCAAUACUUGAGGAACAGCCCAUGGACAUGCUUCUGGGACUGGACAUGCUGAAGCGGCAUCAGUGUUCUAUUGACCUCAAGAAAAAUGUACUCGUGAUCGGCACCACAGGCUCACAGACGACCUUCCUUCCCGAGGGAGAGUUACCAGAGUGUGCCCGGUUGGCGUAUGGGGCCGGGCGAGAGGAAGUACGGCCAGAGGAGAUUGCAGACCAAGAAUUAGCAGAAGCCCUUCAAAAAUCCGUAGAAGAUGCAGAGAAAGGCGGUAAAGAAACUACCUCACUGGGAAUGUCAUCAUUACCAACUUCAGAUGGCUUUAACCAUCAAGCCCAUCCUUCAGGACAGAGACCUGAGAUUGGUAGUCCUCCAAGUCUUGCUCACUCUGUCUCUGCCUCAGUCUGCCCUUUCAAGCCCAGUGACCCAGACAGCAUUGAACCUAAAGCUGUGAAGGCUGUGAAGGCUUUGAAGGCUUCAGCUGAAUUCCAGAUAACCUUUGAAAGGAAAGAACAGCUUCCUCUCCAGGAUCCUUCUGAUUGUGCUUCUUCAGCAGACAAUGCUCCAGCAAACCAGAGUCCAGCUAUGCCUUUGCAGAAUUCCCUCGAAGAAGCCAUUGUUGCAGAUAAUCUAGAGAAAUCUGCUGAAGGAAGCACCCAAGGCCUCAAAUCUCAUCUCCACACAAGACAGGAAGCUAGUUUAUCUGUCACAACUACUAGGAUGCAAGAGCCACAGAGGCUUAUAGGUGAAAAGGGUUGGCAUCCCGAAUAUCAGGACCCAAGUCAAGUGAAUGGCCUUCAGCAGCACGAAGAACCAAGGAAUGAACAGCAUGAGGUUGUACAGCAGAACGCUCCGCAUGACCCAGAACAUCUGUGUAACACAGGGGACUUGGAACUUCCUGGAGAAAGGCAACAGAAUCAACCAAAAAGUGUUGGUUUGGAAACUGCAGUGAGAGGAGACAGGCCGCAGCAGGAUGUGGACCUUCCUGGUACAGAGAAAAAUAUUCUCCCUUACGGAUGCUUUGGCUGCUCAAGUUCAGAAACACUUAUGGAAAUAGAUACAGUUGAACAGUCCCUAGUUGCUGUGCUUAAUUCAGCAGGCGGUCAGAAUACCUCUGUCAGGAACAUCAGUGCAUCUGAUCUCACCGUAGAUAAUCCCUUAAUGGAAGUAGAAACAUCAAAAUGUAACCCUUCCUCUGAAUUUUUGAGUAAUCCCACUUCCACUCAGAAUUUACAGCUUCCAGAAAGUAGUGUUGAAAUGUCUGGAACAAAUAAAGAAUAUGGGAAUCACCCCUCCUCUUUAAGUCUCUGUGGCAGUUGUCAGCCCUCUGUAGAGUCAGCAGAGGAAUCUUGCUCAUCUAUAACGGCAGCCUUGAAGGAACUUCAUGAGCUUUUGGUCAUUAGUAGUAAACCAGCAUUAGAAAAUACAUCUGAAGAAGUUACCUGUCGGUCAGAGAUAGUAACUGAGGGCCAAACAGAUGUUAAGGACCUUUCUGAAAGAUGGACCCAAAGUGAGCAUCUUACAGCUGCUCAGAAUGAGCAGUGUUCACAAGUCUCCUUCCAUCAGGCCACAUCUGUAUCAGUGAAGACAGAAGAAUUAACAGACACUUCAAUUGAUGCUGGAACAGAAGAUGUAGAAAAUAUUACCUCCAGCGGUCCAGGUGAUGGCCUGUUAGUGGAUAAGGAAAAUGUCCCCAGGUCUAGGGAAUCAGUAAACGAGAGCAGUUUAGUCACUCUAGACUCAGCUAAAACGUCUAAUCAACCACACUGCACCUCAGGUGUAGAAAUUUCACCUGGACUUUUAGCAGGUGAGGAGGGUGCACUCAACCAGACUUCUGAGCACACGGAGUCCUUGUCAUCCAGCUUCAUACUGGUUAAAGAUUUGGGUCAGGGCACACAGAAUCCAGUGACAAACAGGCCUGAGACCAGAGAAAAUGUCUGUCCUGAAGCUGCAGGGCUACGUCAAGAAUUUGAACCACCUACCAGCCAUCCAUCAUCAAGUCCUUCCUUUCUUGCACCGUUAAUUUUUCCUGCUGCAGACAUUGACCGGAUUCUUCGGGCCGGCUUUACCUUGCAGGAAGCUCUCGGGGCUUUGCAUCGAGUUGGUGGAAAUGCAGACCUUGCACUUCUUGUUUUGCUAGCAAAGAACAUUAUAGUUCCUACAUAACCAUGGAAAAGGGGUCUAGACCAUACUCCAUUCCCUUAAGAGAAAGCUCUAUAUAUUCACACACAUGCACACGUACACACUCACCACAUAGACAGUGUAUGUAGAAACCUGCAAGCAGAAUGUUGAGCCAGAUUUUUUUUAAAGAUUUUUUUCGGCCAAAGUAAUUUAUGAUCUAUUGUCUGAUGAAUUUGUCUAUUUGUUAAAAUUUGGGCCUUUUUUAAUGUCUUGGCAGUAUGUGCACACAAAAGCUUUUUAUUAUCAUUAAGAUGAUGUCUUCUGGAAUAAAAUUGAUGGUUUUGUGUAUAGCAUAACAUUUUAGAAUGAGUGAAUGCUUUAAAGCAGAAGCCAUGAGAAAUCCCACCACCCAUGCAGCUAAAAACAGAUCGACUUCUUAUUUUGGCUGUGUCUACUAUAAGCAAAUUAUGGCUUGUUGACUCAAUUUUCAGUUUACAAACUUGAUCACAUGGUCUGGUGUUUGGAAUCAUACUUAGUGCUCUGUGUAUUAUGAUUCAUCAGUUGUAACAGAAAAUUGAAUAUUUGAAGAUUGUCUCCGAGAGUGAUAUGUUUUUAUUCAUGUGUUAGGAUUUGACAUUUCAGUGGAAUGAUUUAGGAGGGUUUAAAACCUGGGCUGCUUUUGUACAUUUACGGGCUGCUGCAUGGAAUGAGAAGUAUCUGGAGUGGGAUACUGUGAGGAAAUUAACAUUAGAGUGAAACUUGGUGCUACUCAGAUUAAAAACAAGAAAGGAAAAAUUCCAUUAGCAGAUGUCAUGGCCAUGCUUCAAGAGCUGUGAGAGAAAAAUAAGGGCCUAAACACUGGAACUGACUAGAGAUUGGGUUUAGUAGCAUCUCACUGAUCACGUCUCAACCCUUACUAACCAAUGAUGAGUUUCUGUUCAGCUAAUGGGUUGCUUGCCAGCAGUUUAUUUCCUUUCUAAACUUUUCUUCUAGGAAGUUAUUCUAAAGCUCAGUCUGAGCUAUGAUCUGAGCGACCUAUUCAAGUGUGAUCCCCUUGUCCCUGCUUCAUCUUGGUGCUUGGAAUGGUCAGGCUGUUUGGUGAGUGUCUCUUCAUAGCAGUGGAAAUAGUUAUUGACGUUUCUGACUCAAGUGGCCUUGGUAGCGUUUUCCAUCCCUUUUCUUUCCUCAGGAGUUUUCUUUUUUUAAGAAAGAUUCAUCACAGUUGUGUUUACCAUGUCAAGUUAGCGUGGGGCAUAGUAUAUAGACGUAUUUAUUGUGGCCUUUUUUCUUAUGAGGACUAGCCCUUGGAAAUCACUGUCCUGUGGGCCCCACUGUGCAAUAAUUCUACUGGGUAGAUUUUAGAUACUUUUUUUUUUUUUUCCUGGAAAAUAAACUCUCUUCUGUACCUAGCAGGAAUCUGAAAUCUUGCUUUUAUUGAAAAGAAUUUUGAGAAUGAUAAUUCCCAAUUCCAGGUUACAGUUUGCAGUGUGUUUGAAACAGAAGUUUCAAAAGGGUGAUUUGUGAACUUUUAACGUGAAGUGAUUUUUGUCUGAAGUCUUAACGCUCUUUGAAAGCUUAUUCUUUGCAUCAAAAUUCACGUCAUUGAGCACAAUCAGAAUGGAGGCUCAUAUCUCAGGAGUUUUUUAAAUUUUAAUUUGGGGGCACUUAGACAUUUCUCCUCUACCCUCUUCCAUGUUCUUUCUCAUCGCCGUGCUGUGUGUAUGUGUGUUAGGAGACAUGAGUGUUAUAGUGGAAAGUCCCAUAGAUUCAUCAUGAUCCUCUGGAGUUAGGGAACGGUUGACAGAAGGAGUUGUACUUUACUGUUUUCAGGAGGGCCCUCGGAACAGCAGGUCAGCCAGAUUGUCUUGAGUGUCCUUUUGGACAAUCAUGUGCUGUAGACUCUUACGUGCCCUACACCAAAGAUGCAAGAUGCACUAGGAAACUGCUAUAGGAUUUCUGUCAACUGACUCUUAGAGCUGUGACUAUAAUUAAGUAGUGGUGCUAUGAUUGAAGCAAAAUUUAGUAGCAAUGCAAUGGGCCCCUGUAUUUGCUUUAUGGGUGCGAUUGGGAAUUUAUUCUAAGCUUAUGAACCUUGAGGGUCACAACGUGGGGUGGGUGUGGGGUAGGGGGACUUAUCAAUGACAAUAGACUCCUCCCAAAAGGCCCUCUGUACGCAGAUGGGCCUCAUUGUUUUCUGUAGGAGCGGUUUCUCUGAGCACUGCUCAGAGGCUUGGCCACUGGAUUUUCGCAAUGUGUGGAUUUGGGAGUCAGUCCCAGGUGGGAUAUAGAAUAUCAAUCUGUAAAAGAUGUCAUUACAAUAGCUUUUAUUGUAUGUAUAUGUAUAUUUAUUUCUAGGAGAAAAUUGGAUAGGCCUAUAGAUGUACACGUAUUCUUGUUAGGAAUACUUUGAAUGAGCUUAACCCACUUGCCAAAUAUCCUUGUCCUUUUUCAUCAUUUAUCUUUCAGCUUAUAAUUGCUUUUGAUUUUUAAAAUUUUCCUGUCCGUCGUCUGUAUGAAAGUAAAGUUGUUGACACUGUCAGGAUUUUGAAUCAUUUUUAAAUUUAGCAAUUCUAAAAACAAAAGGAAUUAAGGAACAUGACACUAGUGAACCUUCAUUGUCACUUUUUAUUCCUUUCAAAGUGUAGAAAUUAGAGAUUAACUCCACCAAGAAUAAGAUAAAAUCAUUGUGAACUCCUCUUGUUGCCAGCAGAACUGAUACUAGCCAGCCAUAACUAUUUAUGGACAGCUUUUUGGUCAGCACCUGCUUCCAAGGGUGGUGUCUGCUUAUUCACCAAAGAGAAGAUUGUCCUGUAUGACUUCUGCAGUUCCCUUAAGUUGAUUCCUGUCUGUAAAAAUGUGCUUGGUGAUCAGACAUCUAUGCCGAGGCUACUAUAGAUUUUGCCACUGCAGCUGGUAAGAAUUAUUUCCGCUUGUACCUCUUUAGGCCUCCGGAUAUCAGCCAGUAGCCUUCAUCCCACAGUUUGGGCUUUAGCCAUUAACAUGUAAAGAUUACCAGUUGCCUGGCAAAGGGAACUAGAUAGAUAGUGAGUGUAUGUGAAAACUGUCCGGCCUUGCAAUCUGCAAAAUUUUCCAGAGCUCCUUGUCUCCAUAAAAGGGGAAAACAUACGAUGUGUUUUUUCCAAAGCAUUUCUCCUGUAAGAGUUAAAUGGAAAGAUAUGUGAGACUUUAUGUCAUUGACUUUAUGGUAACCAGUUAAGGUGGAAUCUGCCUAUUCUUUUCUUAGCACAACUUUCUAUCUCUAGUAAAAGCCAUAAAAAUUUAAUUGGUUUAACUGUCAGCUCGUGUGUAUAUAUACAUGUAUGACUGAUUGACAGAUAUUCCACAGUUAAUUUUACAUAGAUUAAAAAGCAAACAAUUUUUAUAUAUCUACAGAUAAAAUAUUCAGUUAUGGUGGCUUUUAUCCCACCAUGUAUAUAAAAAAUAGCCUUGCAAGUCACAUGCCAGAAGAGUUGCAGUACAUUCUGACUUCCUCUUCCUACCUGUGUGGCACCCGAAGUGAGCGAGCGUAAGCAGGAUAAUUGAACUGUUACAUGUUUCAGAUUUGUUACGGCUGGUAACGUACCAUAAGAGAAGGUCACUGGCUUGUGCGUUUUCCAGCACCAAUGCCAAAAAGCCAGAUUUCUCCUUUGGAUUUGGUGAUUCAGUAUAGUCUGUGGCCGAACUAGAGAAACAGAGUUCUCAAGAGUUCCCCAUCCACAAAAAUGAAUGUAACCUUUCACAUUAGAGGAUUCCAUAAAAUAAAAACAGGUUUCUUUCUAAAAGAUUGAAAAAUGCCAACUCCUCAGCAAAGUAAAUUCAAAACGUGUCCUUGAGAACCAGAAAUGCGAAAUCAUGGCUCAACUUCUCUACCUUAAUGGUCCCUCAGUAGACGUUACUAGGCGUUCCCUUGUGACUCAAUGGGUUAAGGACCCAGCAUUGUCACUGCAGCAGCUUGGGUAACUGCCGCCCCAGGUUCAGUCCCUGGCCUUUCCGCAUGCUGAGAAGGGCCACAUGUGAUUGGUGAUCAGGGGCAGCCAAAAAACAGAACUUAAAGGGGAGCUUUUAAUGUGCUUGAUUUUCUCUUGUGCCUUAGCUUCUCCAAAUAGCAGAGGCAUCAAAUUUGGGUAGGGAAUAAAGGUGGAAAUAUGGAAGGGAAAGUCUGAAAGCAGCCCUCUUACAGAUUUGCGUGGUCCUGAGGCUCACCUUUAUGCAUCUGAAUAGGACUCUGUAUUGUCUUCAAGACUCAAGAGUCUUGAGUGUGAGUCUUUGAAUAAGAAUUCAUUAUCUGUUCAUCAGACAUUUAAGUGCCUGUGUGCCAGGUAUUGGUGAGCGCUGGGCAUGCAGGGUGACUGAAGCAGAUUGGGAGCCUGCCCUUGCGAAGCUUUCAGUCUAGUAAGGUGACAUGAAACAAAUUUUAGCUUCAAGAACACGAUUUUAUUUUUGUCUAUUAGCAUCAUUUAUUUUAAAAGUCAUACUGGGAUGAUUUGGUUCAAGUUCAAAGAAAACUGGGAAAAUCAGGCUCAGAAGGGAAUUAGGUGCUAUCAGCCUAAAACUGCUCUUAAAAUAUGUUCUUAAAGAAAUUGGAGAAGCCAACAAAAAAUAUGCUAACAUUUGGUAGAAAUACUUGAAGAGCUCAGGUACUCAGAAAUCAAGUUACACCGUUGACAGAGGUGGGAGGAGGGAGAUGGGCAGCAAGGAAGUGCAGGUACAUAAGGAAGAUGACCUCAAUGUGCACUGGUGACAGUCGACUUUUCCUUCCAUCAGCGCUUCCUUCCUUGCAGAGCAGAGAAGCGGAAUGUUGCUGCAUCCUUCCCACACCCUGUUUGAGCAGGCUGCACUGGGGUACUAACCAUCUGGGCCACCAGGACUAGCAGAGGAUUCUGGAGAAUUUGUUGUUUUAAAGCAGCUGAGUGCAAGAUGUGAAAAUAGGAAUCUAGAGCAGUAAAUGUAGCAAGCUGUGGUUCUUGGACUGGAUGGUGGGCAGAAUUUAUUAUAAGAAGAUUCAAGUCUUUACCAAAUCUUCUUACAGGACAGUUCCAUCAAAACCUGUCAUUUAAAACGUCACCACAUGUGUAGUAAUCCUGAAGGAUACAGGUAGGAUUUCUGGACCUUGACUGCUAGUGACUUCCGAAAUUUACAAUUAGAAACGCAGAUUUAUCAGGCAGUCGGUAAUCUAGACCCUCUAGGGGCUGUAAAAGGUGAGAGGCGAUAGCAGAUGAUAAGUCUUAGAGCACAGUCUUUCAGAAUGAAAUCUACAGAGAAAAAUGGUUCAAGGGUAUAGGAGUUAGAGGACCUUUCUUUUAACUUUAAAAAGUUAAGCAAACUAUAGAAGACCUGGGGGGGGGGUGGAAUAAAAAAUUAGAAUAAUUUUUUACAGAAUGGCGUUUCUUUUCGUAUGUACCAUAAGGUCUUCAUUAGCUGACUCGGGGAAGAGGCAUGCUGGGAUGUUGUUUCCUGGGAAGACACAUGACUACGAUUUUGUUUACCAGAAGUUUGUUUUAUGUACAGCCUUGAAUGAUGCAUCUGUGGCUUAAAGCAAGGUAGAUGUUUGUACUUCACUAUCAGAGGCAGUGACAUCAGUUUUUUUCUAGAUUCCUUUGGUCAAAGAUUACCUGAUGCUGAUCAGACUUCUUUUCUUUCCCAGAAGGCACCACAGCUUUGAUUUCAUCCCACCCAUCAGAGGCCUUUCCCUCUGAAUGAUUCUGUUUCCAUUCUCUAUUCUGAUCAUUCUUUUGAAGUAGUUCUGGUGAUAUACUAGAUUAAUUCAACAUAACUGACUGCAUUUGCAUUUUAACUGUGCCUAUAAUGAAUAUUGAUUUGCUCAUUUUUAUUCAAAAUCUCAUCUCCAUGGCAAGUUGGGGUAAUGGCCUUUGCACUCAAGUAAGGUUUGUUUACCAGUUUUGUAGCCAUAUUUGGCAAAUCUUAGCAAAUAGAAACCCCUCUUUCCCCCCUUAUUUGUUCUUGCAAUUGUUCUUUUAUUGCUUUCCUGAUUUUUCUUUAAGCUUUGAGACUACUGCAUCUUAAAAGGAAGAACUAGGCUAAUUGGCAAAAUAGACUUGCCAAUAGCUCAUUCACUCCCAUAAUGCUUUGGUUUUGAGAGUUGGGAAAACUCUGAGAACUUAAGGGAACCAAACUCAGGAAUCCCACAGUUGGUUGCAUUGUGCCAUUGCUUUAGGGGCUGGACAUAGGACCUGUCUGCAGCUGAGUGAACUAGAUGCUUUUGGGUUUGAGUUUUUGUCACGUACUGAAAUGUAAGUCAGCCCUAAGUAAUCAGAACACUUUAUUUUAUUUUUCUUUUUUAAUAGGAACUUUCUGAAGAAAAAGUGAUGUGUAAAACAUUUGAUAUUUAAGACAAUAAAGUUUUUAUCAUAAGA